AUGGGUGCUCACAAAAGGGAAAAGAAAGCCUCGAAGCCCGCUGCUUCCAGCUCUGGUUCCUCGGAACCUAAGAGACCUGGUAACCUGAAGGUUAAAGGCGAGAACUUUUUCCGUGAUGCCAAAAAGGUAAAGCGCCUGAAUAUGUAUAAGGAAGGUCGCGCCAAACACAAUGCUAGAGGUGAUGUUGUCCGUGAAGCUACAUUUCAAAGCACAGAUAUUCCCAAUGCGCGGAUAGCUCCUGAUCGCAGAUGGUUUAACAGUACGCGUGUUAUUUCUCAAGACGCACUUAUCAAUUUCCGUGAAGCCAUGAAGGAUAAGAAGGAUGAUCCUUAUCAAGUGAUUUUAAGAAAGAACAAGCUUCCUAUGUCGCUUCUUGAAGAAAAGACUCACGUCCCUACUGUCAAGAUUGUUGAAACUGAGUCAUUUGAGCAUACGUUUGGACCCAAGUCCCAACGCAAGAGACCUAAUCUUACAGUGAGCUCACUGGAGGAGCUUGCUACACAUGCUGAUGAUAGUUUGAAGCGUUAUGAAGACAAGCUGGAAGAAGACGCUGAAAAUGCUGCCCAUCUUGAGGAUGGCUGGACCAAUCAAGCUAAGGAGGCCAUUUUCCACAAGGGCACAUCGAAGCGUAUCUGGAACGAGUUGUACAAAGUCAUUGACUCGUCUGAUGUCAUUAUUCAUGUUUUGGAUGCUAGAGAUCCUAUCGGAACUCGCUGCAUUUCUGUUCAAGAUUAUCUUAAGAAGGAGGCUCCUCAUAAGCAUCUGAUUUACGUCUUGAAUAAGUGCGAUCUGGUCCCUAAUUGGGUUACUGCCGCUUGGAUCAAGCACUUAUCAAAGUCUUACCCUACAAUUGCGUUCCACGCAUCUAUUACCAAUUCUUUUGGCAAAGGCAGUUUGAUUAGUCUUCUGCGCCAAUUUUCUUCUCUGCACUCUGACCGCAAGCAAAUCUCUGUCGGUUUCAUUGGUUACCCCAAUGUUGGCAAGUCUUCCAUUAUCAACACUCUGCGAAAGAAGAAGGUGUGCAAUGUUGCCCCUAUUCCUGGCGAGACCAAGAUUUGGCAAUACAUUACGCUUAUGAAGCGCAUUUUCCUCAUUGACUGCCCUGGUAUUGUUCCCCCGAGUUCAAAGGACACUGAAACAGACAUUUUGUUCAAGGGUGUUGUGCGUGUUGAACAUGUCUCGAAUCCCGAACAGUUUAUUCCUGCAAUGUUGUCGCGAUGCAAGCAACAUCAUUUGGAGAAUACAUAUGAGAUUCGUGGGUGGCAAGAUAGUACUCAGUUUCUGGAGAUGAUUGCUCGCAAGAGUGGUCGACUUCUCAAGGGUGGUGAACCUGAUGAAAGCGGUGUUGCCAAGAUGGUACUCAAUGACUUCAACAGAGGAAAGAUUCCUUGGUUUGUUCCACCACCUAUGGAUGAGGACAAAGAUGCUAAGGAUGCUGAAAAGACCGGGCCGGGUGCUCUCAAGGAUCGUGAGGGCAAGCUUGGUGAAAAGCGCAAGCGUAAGAGUGAAGACGUGGCUGAAACAUCUAAAAAGGUUAAGGCUGAUGAUGAAGAGGAAGAAGAAGAAGAGGAAGAAGAAGAAGAAGAAGAAGAAGAAGACGAGAACGAUAAUGAUGAUAAUGAUAACGACUCUAAUGACGAAUAA